ACAUGAAAGUGUGUUGGAAGUUAACUACCGCGCAUUUUGGAACGGCAUUCGCAGUACUGCCAGUACUGGCAGUGAAUUUCGGAACGCGGCCUUUAACAGACAAAUUACAGACAAUAACUGCUUAUUAAGCGCUUAGAGAUUAUUAACUAUGAUUGGAGUAUUCUUUUAGAUCUUUAACGAAUCCAAGGGAAUGAAUCAAUCAGAAGCGAUAAUCACUAAAGCUUGAUUCAGACAGAACGCGUCAAGCGUCAAGCAGCGAGCAGUGAGCGCUAAAUGCUAGCCUAUGAGCACCGUCACUAUUCACACCGAAAGCGACAGCAUAAAGCGUUAGCGUCUAUAUAACCUAAAAACUUUUGACAACAAUUGACAUUGACAACAUUAGACAUUGGCGGACAAAAUGAAUGAUUACGAGUACUUAGAGCGUUUACAUCAACGACGAAAAUUACUGUUAUUAGCGUCACUAUGUUUACUAUAUAUGUUUAUCGUAAACAGCGUGCUAGAAGAAAUAGACGUUAUUGGGUGAGGCCUAUAAUCCGUGAACGAAUUAAUCAAAGUGAUGGCCACUAUCUUAUAAAUGAAAUGCGUCUUGGUGAUCAAGAUGCACAUUUUCAAUAUUGCCGUAUGAGUGUGGAAAAGUUUGAUGCUCUACUACAACGAGUGCAACCGGUAAUUGAAAAGCGACUAAUUAUAGGGAACCAAUUUCUGCGAGGGAUCGAUUAUAUUUAACUCUUCGGUUCUUAGCAUCAGGAGAUUCAAUGAGCUCCAUGGCUUAUGCAUAUAGAGUGGGACGGAGUACCGAUGAUUGUAAGGGAAAUCUAUGAAGCACUAUGGGACGUGUUACAAGAUGAAUUAUUUCAACCUUCUAGCGUCAACUGGAAAAAAAUUACUGCUGAGUUUGAAGAACAGUGGAACUUUCCACAUUGUAUUGGCGCAAUCGAUGGUAAACACGUUGCAAUCAAGUGCCCAAAUCAUGCUGGCUCAACAUACUACAAUUAUAAAGGAUUUCACAGUAUUGUGCUCAUAGCUAUCGUUUCGGCCUCCUGUAGAUUCAUGCUUGUUGAUGUUGGUGCGCAAGAUCGGCAUAGUGACGGCGGAAUUUUUCUGAAUUCUGUAAUGGGCCAAAUAUUUCAUCGGGAUGCAUUGGAUAUACCAAUGCCAUCAGCAUGUUCCUUUGACAGACCACCUUUGCCAUAUAUGCUUGUGGCUGAUGAAGCAUUUCAGCUGAAUAAAGAACCUCGGCAAGCCCCAUGCAAAAAAAUGCCCGUUUUCGGUACCUCGAUUUUUGAAACUUUUUUUAUGCCAAAUGGUUAUUUAUGAUGACCCAAAAAUCCCUGCAAAAUUUCAAGAUGAGCAUAUGCCCCGUUUAAGAAAUA